UCUGUUUCCUAUCCCGACGCCACGAUUCAAGGUCGAACAUUGCUGACCGUUGUCUGGAUGGGGUUUUGGGAAAUGGUCUUCAGAGCUGGCAGUUAAAGUAUAAUGAUAAUGGUUACAAAUAAUGAUGCCAUUCAGUUUCUCUUCUCGCAAAGGACUUAUACGAUGCGCCAGGAAAAGCCUCGGCACCUAAAAUAUUUAAACGAAUUUCGCACUCAACAAUGCCUCCUGUUUCUUGAACAACAGUGUCAGUUUCAUCGCCCUUAUACUUGCUUUCAUUGGCACUUUCCAAACCAGAAACGGAGGCGGCCUUUCAAGAGACCUGAUGGAACUUUUAAUUACAAUCCGGAUGUAUACUGUGAUAAAUAUGAUGAAACAAGUGGGUCAUGUGCUGAUGGAAAUGAAUGCCCGUAUGCGCACCGCAAUGCUGGUGACACGGAACGACGUUAUCAUCCACGCUAUUUCAAAACUGGAAAUUGUAUAUAUGAAACUAUGGAAAACGGAGCCUGUGUCAAGAAUGGUCUGCAUUGUGCUUUUGCACAUGGUCCUGAUGACAUCCGUUUACCUGUUUAUGACAUUCGCGAAGUUCAGGAUGCUUCUUCAAAAUUCACUGUUAAUCUACCUGCUAGUUUAGAAAAAGAGCGAGUACUGAGUGAAGAUCCCAAAUGGAAUGAAAUGUUCCAUGUACUUGGCUGUUAUAAGACUGAAUUAUGCAAGAAACCACCGCGAAUGUGUCGUCAAGGUUAUUCAUGUCCAUUUUAUCACAAUGGAAAAGAUAAACGAAGAGCUCCUGAUAAAUUCUUGUAUCGUAGUACUCCUUGUCCUAUUGUUCGACCUGGUGAUGAGUGGCAAGACAGUACCCUUUGUGAUACUGGCGAUGCAUGUGUUUACUGUCAUACGCGAACGGAACAACAAUUUCACCCUGAAAUAUAUAAGUCGACAAAAUGCAAUGAUGUAUUAAAUUCUGGUUAUUGUCCACGUGGUCCUUUCUGUGCUUUUGCACAUUGCGAUUCAGAAAUGUCGAUUGGACGCGAUUUUUCUGCAAAUGUACAACAGGAACAACCUGGACUGAUUAUGGAAACUAAUAAUAAUAAUAGUUUAUCAUCAAAUAAUAUUUCACUCUCAUCUAGUUCAAUAACGACGGGAAUCACAACAACAACUAGUUCUUUUCAAUAUCAUCGUCAUAUUCCUUCUGAUAUUUCAAUGAUUUCUCAUGGUGGUGGAGGAAGCGAAAAUCAACAAUAUUCUGCUUAUUCUCCACAUCUUCAUCUAUCUACACCAAGUGCUGUGAAUAGUAAUUUACGUAUUUUAGGCACUAGUUCCACUACUACUCCUACUAUUGCUGGUAUUAAUAACAGUAAUAAUAACUUACCACCGAAUUUAAUGUCCAAUUUAAACGCCAAUUUUUCAAAUUUAUCGUCUAUAAUUACUUCACCUCAACAACAACAGAUAUCUCAACGUACAACCUCUAGUCAACAUCAUCAUCAUUACCAUCAACAGCAUUUGAUAAAUUUUCCUUCUUCUACAAUAGAAUUUAAUAAGUCAAUUAGUACCAGUGAUCAUUCUGGAAGAUGUUCUCAUAUACCACCAAACCCUAUGACGUCAAACGUGAUAUCACCUCUCGGUUCAACGCCAAAUCAAUCGUGUAUUCGUGGGCGUCGUCUUGCUCGUUGUACAUCCCCCCGUACAACAAGUAUGUGGCCCACGUUCAACUUGAUCGCUAAUCCUGGUAAUGAUAGGCAGCAUUUUACUCAAUUACCAGGUCCAUCAAAUUCAGAUGCUAGAAUUGGAGCAUGCUCUUCCUUGGGUGUUUUAUCACCCAGUGCAGUUAGUUCAACUUGCUCUCCAAUUCAGAAUACUCACUUUUCACAUUCACGAAGUCGUCCUAUACCUGGCCAAUUUCAUAACGUAGUUUUAACUCAUUCUAUGUCAACAGCUGGUUAUACACGAGAUACUAAUAAUAAAGGUCGUCAUCGUAGCGGUAGUUCUAUGUCCUCUGAAAUUGGACAAUAUUCUAUGAAUGUUAAGGAGUUGACUUCUCCUCCUACUGCCUAUCUGGAUUCAACUUCAACUUAUCCAGGUCGAUGUGGUUCUUAUAGUGGUGGUUGUGUUGUGGGUAACUUGAAUAGAACUGCUACUUCCUCGGCUGUUGUUACAGUUGGCGGCGGUGGUGUUAGUUUACCGACACCAAAUCAGAAGCAGAGUAUGAUGGGUGCGGCUACUUCCAAGCCUGUACUGUUAGGACAGCUCUCUGGGAUUUAUCAAAAUGUGGUCACUCGUAAAAAGCAACAACAACCUAAUAUGCUAUGGGAUAAUUUUGAAUCGACAUCUAGUACAGAACAACAAUAUUUCUCGCCUAGUAGUUGUCCAUGGUCUACAAUGAACAUAAGUGGUAUUGGUAAUAAUGAUAAUAAUGAUGGGAUUAAUGAAACAGAAAAUGAUUUCAACACUUUUUUGGAUCAAUAUCAUAUGCCUAUCGGUAUUGCUAGUACAUCUUCUGUUAGUAAUUGUGAUGAUACUAGUCGUGAUAGUGGUUUAGUUCUUGAUAUGACAUUGCCUCCAACUUCACCGCUUGAAUCAAAUUGUGGUGGAUUUUUAAACAGUAAUCUCGAUGUCGAUCUAUUAUCUCAAUUGACACAAUCGCAACGACAACAACAUAUUUCAUCUAACACUGCUACGUCUGCUGCUGCCACCGCUUUCUUCGAUGAUAUUAAUGCAGUUUACCCAACAUUUUCUCAAGAUAUGGUUUUUCAUUCACCAUCUGAUGAUGGUUUCAUUUCGACACAUUCUACUUCCGAAGAACUAGAUCAUCCUCAACAUCGUCAUCAUCAUUCUUCUUCGUUUUUAGUUACUGUCACUACAAGUAGUAAUGUUGGUGUAAGUGAUUGUUCAUCAUUGCCAAAUUUUUACGCAUCAAAUCCAGUUAGUAUACCUGGUAGGGGAGGAAAUAAUAAUAAAGAUAUAAAAAGUUUACAAAUGCGUUGUGAAUUCUUGGAUUCUAUCACAUGUCAAUCAGAUAAUAAUUUACCGCAAUAUGAUUCAGCUCAAUCGACUAAUUUACAACAACAGGCUGGUAGCAGUAAUAGUAGUAUUAUUCGAUCGAGUAAUUUUAUCAAAUCAAAUCAACACAUAGUAGGCUGGCCUUCAACUUUUAUCGAUGAAACUGGAUAUCAUCGGCACAGUUCUCCUAUAUCUUCCCCAGUAUCACUAAGUAGUAAGAGUAACAACAAUCGAUUUUCUUCAAUUGUUGGUACACCCCUUGGACGCGUUAAUCUGCCAAUUUCGGCGGCGGCAGGAGUCGAUUUAAAUGCUUCUGGUUUAGCCAGUAGUGCUAGUAGUAGUUCUACCAGUGCUAUGUCAUUUGGUGCCAUUGGUUCCCGUGUUCAUCACUGUUCAAUGACAUCGGAAUCCACAGACCAACCGGACAAUAACCAGUCAACUAGAUCACAACCAUAUUCAGAAUGUUCAACUCAGGGUGGUAUUUCUAAUGUGUCUUCAACUUCAUCUCCCAAUCAACUGGAUCUUGGUGGAACUCGAACAAGUUCUAGGAUUUUCUCACAUUCGAUAAAUGAUAACUUUACCAACUUACCGCAAUCACCUAUUCUUUUAUCAUCUCCAUUCAGUAAUCCAGGUUGUGAUCUAGAGCGUUUAACUUUACGUCGCGAAUUAGAUGAAGUAAAACAACUUUUAGAUUCAAAGGAGGGUGAAGUGGAAGUUUUAAAAAAGCAAAGAGAUUUUGUUACAGAACAUUUACGUGAUUCGCUUGGUGUAAUUCGUCGUUUAUUUCAUUCAUUGAAUAUAUCGCCAUCAGCUUCGACUGAUUUAUUUAAACCAUUAUUUAUUGAUACCGAAAUUAAUAAUAUUAGCAGUGAACAGAGUACCGGUUGUUGUUAUGCUCAAAGUUUAUCAUCAGAAUCAAAUCCAUGUGAGAAAUUUAAAACGUGUAUGCAAACUUCACCUAUGAAAAGUCCUAGUCCAAGUGGACCAAUUGAUUCAGUUAGUCGAAACCCUCUACAGCAACAAGAAGCAUUAGCAGCUCUAUUCGCUAACCCACUUGUAUCAGCACUUUUGAAUAGUCAUCAUAAUAACGAUAUUGAUACGAUAGAUGAUGAUGGUUUCAACAAGACAAAGUCUGAAAUGCAGUUUCAAAAUUGGAAUUUACCAAAUAGUAAUUAUAAUACAGAUUGUAUACAACAUGAUAAUGAAUCAUCUGUGCAUGAACUCAAAGAAACUUUCAAUAAUCCAUGUUUAUUAUCAUCUACUUGUGCUGGUGUUGAUAAUGGUGGUACACAUAACAAUUCUGAUUAUAAUGAUGAUGACGAUCUAUUCUCUGCAUCAGGUUUGCUAUCAUUAUCUAAUCAAGAAUCUUGUGAUUUAGAUCAACAAAUAGUAGAAGAUAGUAAUACAGAAGAAUUGUUAACACAUCAUCAUUCGACGACUUUUGAUGUGCCCACUAUCGCUAGUACUUCUGUUUCUGAGUUGACAACAACCACGACGGCAGAUACAUUGACAAUAUUAACUAAUAAUACUACAUUUGAAGAAUCUAUUGUACCGACCACUGAAGUGACAGUUAUUGAAGAAAACUCAUUCCGAUCGAAUACAAUAAUGAAUACUGCUACUGUCGAUCCUGUUACUACUUCUACCAGUACUAGUUUUGCAUUUCAGAAUUCAUCCCUAGAUAUACAACAUUCGGAAAGUAAUAAUAAUGAUAACAAUAAGAAACAAAACAACAACUGUGGCUUAUCAACCUCAUCGUCAUCUAAACAUAUAACUAAUGAAAAACAACCUGUCUAAUAUGUUUAUUGCUAUCACAAACACACACACACACACAAAGAAAAUUACAUCAUUAUCAUGCUUAGUUUUUUUCUCUCUAGGUCCUGUUGCACUAUAUUACCAUUAUAUAAUGAUCAUAUAUAAUUCAUAAUUAUUAGAGGAUAAAAAUAAAAUCAACAAAGGAUAAUUCUAGUGAACGAGACCGAUCAAAAGUAUGAGAGUUGAAACAAUUUAUACACAAUAAAAUGUAAAAGAUGAUCCCUAAUUAGAUUCAGAUUUAUUAGACAAGAUUCUUUUUGUUUUCUUAAUUUAUUCUUAGUGAAAUAUUUGAUUACAAUAUUAACUAUUAGCAUUGUUAUUGUUAUUCUUACUUAUUGUUCGACAUUGUUUAGGUGUCUAUCUGAUUUUACGUAUGUUAUUAUUAUUAAUACGAUUACUAUUAUCUAUUUUCAUAAACAUUUCACAUAUAUACUACACAUAGUCUCAAUUAACUGAGCCGACAAUUAAUUCAUUGUAACAAUAUUUUCCCAUUAUUGUGUUUUUGCUAGUGUGUAUGUUGCGAUUUGUACUUUUCUCUCUCUUGUCGUAAAUCAUACUUUUUCUUCUUACUUUCAAUUAAUUCUAUUCGGUUGUCGGUCACAUUUAUGAUGAGAUAACAGAAAUAAUUAAGAAUAAGGGUGGGAGGAAUGGUGAUUCUCUCUCUUUUUCUUUUCUACUAUGUUUAUAAACAAACAAGCAAAUAAAUAUUAUCACCACCCUGAACAUACAUCAUUUAUUAGUUGUAGUAGUAAUUUAUUUAUCCAUUGUGCAAAUUCAAUACAAUAACCAACCACACACAAUACACGCGCAUACACAUAGACAUAAACAUAAAUGAUAAUUUCUUUUUUUGUUGCUUUUUAUUCGUCUGUUUGUAAAAUAUCUACUAGUAUUGUUUGUUGAGAGUGUUUUCAUAGUAUCCAUUUUCAUAUUCAUAAAUUUCUAUGUACACACACAACAUGUGUAUGAUAAUGAAUUGUGAUCAAUGAUUUUGGGUUUACAUAAUUAGUCACUUUAUUACAUGUUUAUUUGGGAUAAUUCUAUACUUGUUUAUAACUGACAAGUUUUUGUUUUCAAAACAAUUCAUGCCUCAACUACUAUGAAAACAUACAUCAUAUGUGUUUGUGUUUAUUAGUCAUAGAAGAUGGAUAAAUGAUUACAAUAAUAAUAUAGAAAAGUAACCGAUGUAAUUACUCCCGACGCUGUCACCGCUGCCAAUAGCCUAUUAACCAAUAAACUUUAAUACUGCAUACUAAUUUACAAGUCAUGUUUUAGAUAUCUUGCGUGCAUAUUUCUUUUCAGUUAUGUGUUUAUAUGAUUGUUAUUAUUAUUAUUUGGAUCAGAAUAUGAGAAAAUACAUUUUGAUAAGUAUGUUAUCAUUAAUGAUAGCAAUUUAGCGCCAAAACUUACUAGAGAUAUUACCAUUAUUCAUUGUGUUCUAUUUGUUUUAUUCAAUUAAAUCUUUUUUUGAGUUUGCUUUUUUAUAAACAGACAUACGCUGAGACAUAAUGAACAAAAACAUGGAAGCAAAUCAACUUACAUAGUCAAAUAUGAUUUUCUUCUUUUAGGUUAUUGUUUAUUUGUCGCUCACUUAUGUAUCGGUCUUGUAUUAUUAUUAUUAUCAUUAUUACUAUUGUAUGUGUGUGGUCACCCACCAUUUUGUUGCAUUGUCCAUUUUGCCUACACUAUUUAUAGAGAUACUUAUCUUUUUUUCCUGUUUUUUUUUCGUUCGUUUUUCUACAUAACUAUAUCAAUUAUAUAACGAAUGAUUGUGUGAUAUGGACACAAUUAUUAUUAUUAUCGUUAGUAAUAAUGUGUUAAUUAUAGUCUUUUAUUUUACAUAAUCAUACAUUCACUUAAAUGUGAUGUAUCUAAUUUCUUCUGAUUAAUUUGUCCUGUUUUUGGUUGUUUAGUGAUUCAAAUAGAAAUUCUAGUUAUUUUUCCUAUUAGCAAAUUCACUUAAUUGAAAAGAUGUUUUUUUAUUAUGAUGAUAGAUAGGAAGAGACUUAUACAUAUUUUGCCUUUAUUUUUUUUUGCGCCCCUUUUCUUUGAAAAAGUUAUCUUUCCGUCUGCUUUUCUUCUUUUUUUUUGCUAAUCGUUUCUCCUAUCACUAAUGAACUGAUAUGUUUGAAUGGUAACGUAUGAUUUUUCAUUGUUCUAGCUUGUUUUUACCAUCGAUUUUCUGCACUUGUUCUACUAUGGACAUCAUAUUAUAUAGGAGUAUUUUCUUUGGUUCCAUGUAUUCUGUUUGUUUCUAUAUAAAAAGAAAAGAUUGUUUUUAAUGUUUAUCAUAUUUCCUGGCAGAGUUUCUCAUUUUUUUUUACUGACGAUGAUGAUCUAAUCAUUCUACACCUGUAUGCACAUCAAUCUAUUCAGUUAUUCAUUAUCAUUUUUACUAUUUAAUGCCAUUUAUGUAAUUACAUUUCUAGAAUAAUAAAGCUAUGUAUAUUCACAUUUAUUCAAGAUAAUAAUGAUGAGUUCACAAUAGUCUUUCAUUUAAUGACUUCUGUUUGUUUGUUUGUCCGUUAUUGUUAUUAUUGUCCUUUUCAUCAUCAAGCUUUUUUUGUAACCAUCGUUUUAUUAUUUUUUCAUUAUUCAAUUAUAAUUGUUUAUGUACUCUGUUUCCACGCUCGCUUGUAUGUAUAGUAUGCUGUUGUUUAUUGUUCUUUCUUGAAAUUAUUAUUUAUGCUUAAUAUCACUUACUUGUUCAUGUAUUUUCUCAAGAUUGUUAGUGUAUUAUAAUUUAAUGAGUGUCAUGUUAUAUAUGUUCACUUUCUGUCUUCUAUCACUCAGGUUCAUUUUUUCUUCGUUUCCUUCCUAUAGUUCACUAUUUCACCGACCAGCAGUUUUAAUUUUUAUUCAAAUUUCUACACCAAAAUGGUUGUAUCAUAUUUAUUAUAUUGUAUUAACAAAUUAACUUAUAUUCAUAUCUCGAAGAUCUUUACCCUCUUUGAAUAAUAAUUAUUGUUUCCCAUCAAUAUGUAUGUAUCUUUCUUUAAGUAAAAAGAAAGUAUUGUUGAAGAUUUGUUUCAUUUUUAACUUUGAUGGUUAAAUUCUUUCUCUAAUUGACAACAGUGAAUAAGUAACGUAAUGACAACAACGGAACAUGUAAUUGGGAUCUAUCUUGAGUUAUACUAAUUAACAAAGUAUAACAUUUAAAAAAAUAUGCGCAAGUCAUUUCACCCUUCUUGUCUAAUAAGUUAUUCUCUUUUAGUCAUCAUUAUUGUUGUUAUGACUGUUCUGGUUCGUGUUAUUAUCCAGAGCCGUUCAUCAAUGCACUUUUAUUUGUGUGUGUGUGUGUAUGUGUGCGAGUAGAUGGGUGAUUCAGUUGAUCAACAAUGAUUGAAUCUUGUGCUUAUACUAUUUUUACAUUUUAUUUUCAUUAUUACUGUUACCAAUAAUGUUAGAGUUUCUUAUGCCAUGUAUACGAUUUUUAUGUCUACUUUUCUCUCAGUUGCAAUAAUUAACAAUAAGGUAGGGUAGUGCAUUGUAUCUCGAAAAGAAAAACAAACAGAAAUACAUAACAACUUAGCACAAAACAACAGCUUAUUGGUCUUCUUUCUGUUUCUCAUUUAACAAUGUUAGUUUCAUUUAUUUAUUUAUCUUUUUUCGCUUCUUUCUGUGCUUACGUAUUGUAUUUGUUAGAUUCGACUUGAUCUACCUAUUCAUUAAUUUAUUUUACAUUUGAGAUUUGUUUAUUUUUUCAAUGAGGAAUAGAUUUUUUGUUAUUAUCAACUUUUCACAUCAGUCUGUCAUUUGUUUGUUCGUUUUUGUCUCUCAUUUACGAAAUACUUGAUCUUAACAAUUUCGUUUUCUUUUAUCUGUUGUGAUUUUUUCUAUGCAUCAAUUGUUUACUGGUCUUUUCGUUUAUUCUACUCUACUUUCCAUAGUUGAUAAUCUACAUCUUUUAAAUGCUUGUUUAUUCAAGUCCCAAUGCUAUUAGUAGCCUGUUAUUCCAUUAGUGUUUCUCGUUGAGUUGUCUUUUUUAUCCAGAGGUGGUUAACAUUGUCCGGUUUUGAGUAUGUAUGCAAUUUUUUGUUCGAUCCACACAAGAAUUUUUUCACAUUGCCUACCCUGGUAUUGAUUGUGCUUCCCUCUCUCUCUUCGUUAUUACUGUCUCAUUUAAUUUGUACAUCAACGCAAUUACGUACACAGAUUUAACAUUUUCUAAGCUUUUUAGUCAUCUGCAGUUUUUUUCUUAAUAGUUAGGUAUGUGUGUUCUUUUUUUCUGUUACUUUCUCUUUCCUCUAUUUCACAAUCAAUUAUCUGUUGUAUUAAAAAAAGAUGUUGAGUAACAGCUACCACCGUCGCUAUAGUUCAAUGUUAAAUUGUCCAAUAAUCUAACUUUCACUUGAGUAUUACCAAAGUUUUAUUUUUGUUGCUACAUAAUUUUCAUUUUCAUACAUUUUUAAUCACUCACUAUGUGAUUAUUAUAUUACAAUACUUCUGUGUGUAUUCAAUAAUAAAUACAUGCAGAAGAGAGAUACAUGCACAUACACCUAGAGUAUACACCAUUGUUCGUAUUUCUUGCUUACAUACAAGUAUAUAUGUGUAGUACUUGUAUCAAUAUUGUUUCUAUUAUAUAGCAUCAUUUAUAUUUCUCUGAUCAGAAUUUAAGAAAACUAAAAGAUUAUUCUAGAUGAUACUAUAUUACUAAAAUACUACUUAUUUUCUUUAAUAGGAUUUUUUUCAUUAUUACAUUCUGUCAUUAGACAUUUACAAAAAUCAAAACAGAUUAUAACAAUACAAUUACACACGA